CCGGCUCGCUUUCAAACGACUUUUAACCCCACUUCGCACAUUCCCCCACACCAACUUCCACUUUGACGGCACGCCUCCGUCAGUUGCAUCUGGCCCUGCAGGAGUGCCGCUCUCAGCUUUCAUCUUCACCUCUUUUUGUUGUUUACUUUCGACAUAGGCGGAGCGGCUUAACUCUCAAUACUCGACAUCAUGCCGCCGACCAUACCCUCGCGCGGCGGUCCUUCGGGACUCAAGCAUCGUCACUCGGUGGGCGGUAAGUCCGUGUUGAGCGGCGCGAGUGGGAAGGGCAAGGGCAAGGGCGGCGUGGGCAUCAAGCGCCACAGAAAGAUCAUCAAGGAUACUAUUCGAGGCAUCACCAAGCCUGCUAUUCGACGUCUAGCCCGUCGUGGCGGUGUCAAGCGUAUCUCUGCCGGCAUCUACGAUGACAUCAGGGCUGCACUGAAGGAAAGACUUCAGAUGAUCCUUCGUGACUGUGUCACGUACACCGAGCACAGGCACGCGAAGACGGUCACCGUCACUGACGUGAUUUUCGCCCUCCGCCGUGUUGGCAAACCCAUCUACGGCUUCGACCCCGAGACAUGGGAGCCUCCCGCGCGCGGCGCCCACCGUCGCGCCCUCAUCCAGGGCGGCGAACAGGGCCGCGGCGGUAAUCGCGGCGACAACGACGAUUCGGACUAGAAUACUCCGAAGUCAACGUACGACGACCACCUGGCCCGGGAUGAUCUUCAGAUUGUGGAGGCGAUGUCAGCAACGACGAUAGCAACGGCAGAAGCGACAACGUCAAGUUCUCAGAGUCGAGGACCUGCACCUGCGCCCGCACCAGCCCCUGAUAUGGUACCGGUGCUUGCAAGAGGAUUCAAACCGAUCAACAUCAACAUGAAUCAUCGCAUGCCGCCCAUCGACCGACAGCAUAAGCCAUAAUCUACAGCAUCUCUCUCGAUCUCCCCGCUGUCCCGGUGGUCACUACUCGUCAG